AUGACCGUCCAAGGCGUUAAGAUCCAUUCUAAAGUAGCCCCAAAAGCUCAGGCUGAGCUCUUCACCGACGGCGCGCUCAAGUUCCUCGCCGCUCUCCAUCGCACAUUCGAAUCUACUCGCCAGUCGUUGCUUGUCGCUCGCGAGGAUGCUCAACGCAGAUUGGACUCCGGAGUUCCUCUCGACUUUCCCAAGGAGACUGCGCACAUCCGUGCCGAGCCUUCAUGGCACUGCGUUCCCCCUGCCCCAGGUCUGGAAGACCGUCGCGUCGAAAUCACUGGUCCAACAGACAGGAAGAUGGUCAUCAACGCCCUCAACAGCGGUGCAAAGACAUUCAUGGCGGAUUUCGAAGAUUCCAGCGCCCCCACUUUCGCCAACAUGAUCAAUGGCCAGGUCAACCUUCGCGAUGCUAUCAGGCGGCAAAUCGAUUUCGAGACGGGAGGGAAAUCGUACAAGCUUUCUGAGAACCCAGCUGUACUCAUCGUUCGGCCCAGAGGAUGGCACCUUGAUGAGCCCCGCGUUACCGUCGACAAUCAACCCAUGUCUGGUUCUCUGUUCGAUUUCGCCCUUUACUUCUAUCACAACGCGCACGAAUUGGUCAAGCGCGGAUACGGACCUUACUUUUACCUACCUAAAAUGGAACACUACCUCGAAGCGAGACUCUGGAACGAUGUUUUCGUAUUCUCGCAGUCCUAUAUCGGAAUGGCCCACAAUACCAUCCGUGCCACCGUUCUUAUUGAAACUCUCCCUGCUGCAUUCCAAAUGGAAGAGAUCCUGUUCGAGUUGCGAAAUCAUUCGUCUGGCCUGAACUGUGGACGAUGGGAUUACAUUUUUAGCUUCAUAAAGAAGAGAAGGGCCGAUCGCAGUGCUGUCCUUCCUGACCGCAAAGAUGUCACCAUGACUGUUCCAUUUAUGGAUGCCUAUGUGCGCCUUCUUAUCCAGACAUGCCAUAAGCGCAAGGUCGCGGCUAUGGGUGGAAUGUCUGCCCAAAUUCCCAUCAAGGACGAUCCAAAGGCUAACGAAGUAGCCAUGGCGAAAGUCCGAGCUGACAAGUUGCGCGAGGUUACGGCUGGUCAUGAUGGAACCUGGAUCGCGCAUCCCCUCAUCAAUAAAAUCGCACGCGAGGUCUUUGACCAGAACAUGCUGGGGCCUAAUCAGUACUAUGUUCUCCGCUCCGAAGUCAAAGUCGCUGCUGCCGAUCUCCUAAGCACCGCCGUACCAGGAAAGAUUACCUCCGAGGGCGUUCGUGAAAAUGUCGAAACAUGUCUUGCCUACACCGCCGCCUGGGUUGGUGGAAAUGGAUGUAUCCCCCUCAACUAUCUCAUGGAGGAUGCCGCAACUGCUGAGAUCACUCGCGUCCAACUUUGGCAGUGGGUACACUACGGCUCGCGUGUGUCUGACACCGGCGCUCCUAUCACUGCGGAGUAUGUUGACGCACUUGUGAAAGAGAUUGCGCCCAACCUGGGUAAAAUCGUUGCUGGUUUGAAGGAGGCCGACGUCAACAUCGCCGCUGAAUAUUUGAAGGGUCAAGUGAGGAGGAGGUGGCCAAGCGAGUUCUUGACGAGCGAUCUGAUGGGAUAUUUGGCGGUUAGAGAUGGUGUUGAGCCCGGAUUGCAACGAGCUGCUUUGUGA